AUCGCACGAGCUGUGCAUUCGUAGACAGAGGCACAGCACCAGCUAGAUGCGCGCGGAGGGCACAGCAGAACAGAGUUGAGCAGAACGAGAGCAUGGUGGAACGCGCUGCGCGCACGGAGGGGAACGCGCUGAUUGACAGCUUCGGAGGCACGGAGCGCCCCACGCCGCACACGAACCGAGCCCGCUAAUCUGCCUGAACCGCUCUUGUCAAAAGCAUCUGUGCGAAAUAACCACCCUCAUGCAUAUCAGCUACUAAACUCCGCUGACCGGAGCCUUGCAGUCAUCACUCAAUUGUGGGAAGAAAUCAACCGCACCACAUAGCAAGGUAUCAGGCGAUAGGCUAUUGCACUGUACCUUGGCUUUCUCCUUUUCACUCAAAACGGGACAGUCUGGAAGUAACUAACUAUUUGUUUUUUUUACUUCUUCAAUACUGAGGAUAACACAUUCUUGGCACUUGCUGAACGAUUGGUGAGAGCAGUUCUGUAAGGAGAGCGCUUAUGAGUUUUUUUUAGUAGACACAUUUCUUUGGAAUAUAUUCCCGCUAUCCAAGUGACAUUUUCAUUGGAUUCUCUGUUAAUUUUCUUACUUUGACUUUCUUUGAUCUCUGAUUGUUAUAGGUUGUUGCCUGCCGAAGGUAACGGCCAAAAUUAACCGAAAACAACCCAGAGAGGCAAAGAAGUUCAGUUCUGUGCGUUGGGUAUGAGCUCACUAUGUGUGUGGCUGUAGCUUCCCCAUUACUCCUUCUAGAACCGUAGCCAGACCGUGUGGUCGAGAAGUAGUUUAGCUUCUCUCUCCCUCUGUACGUGGACACUUAGAGCUAACACCUCGUUCUAUGGAGUAGAUCGUCCGGAAAGAGACUAAUAGAGCGUUCUCCUUUCCCCCGCCUGGUACCAACAGGCGGCUUUGGUCUAAAGGUUCUCCGGAGAAUGGUAAAUGACCGACGGGGAAUCAUGAACAGCACUUCGGAACUCGAAGAUGGACCACGGCAUAAAAACCAGACGUUCUGUGAGUGUGUACCCAGCACCUCCCAGCUUAAACACCGCUGGUCAGACUCAGACACAGUCAGAGAGACCCCAUCACCCACCAAGAGGAUGAGCUGCAGCUACCUCCUGUGCACCAUCCUCCUCUUCGUCGCCGUCCUUCUGGCCGUCACGGCAACCGGCACCAUCCUCUUCAUGAACCACUACCAGGCCCCGCCCAUGUCUGAUGGCCCACCCCACAUCUCAACCAAUCCGGACGAGGCCAACGCCCUGGUAACCGUGGAGAGGGGCGACGGCUCGCGCAUCAACAUCUUCAUCGAUCCCAACUGUCCCGACUACAACGGGAACUUCCUACGCCUGGAAGGGGUGCAGACAUCGCUGCUCCACUCGCUGACCGACCACGACACCGACCUGAAGUCUGUCAAAGGUCAAGACCGGGCGCUGCUGGUCAACCUAGCUGAGGAGGUGGCCAAACUGUCGGCCCAUGCUGGCCAGCUGAAGAUGGACUACGAGUCUCUGAGACGAGGCCAGGGGAGUCUGGGGCAGGACCUGAACACACUGCAGACAGAGCAGGGACGCCUCAUACAACUACUGUCUGAGAGCCAAAUCAACAUGGUGAAGGUGGUGAACACUGUGAGCGAUGCUCUCAGCUCCAUGCAGAAGGAGACAGGGGGACUGAAGGCUCGGGUCAAGGCUGACCUACAGAGGGCACCGGUCAGAGGGGCUCGUCUCAAAGGCUGUGCCAAUGGCUCUCGUCCUCGUGACUGUGGUGAUCUGUAUGCUAAUGGUCAGAGGGAGGAUGGCAUCUACUCUGUGUUUCCCACUCACUACCCCUACGGCUUCCAGGUCUACUGUGACAUGACCACGGACGGAGGGGGCUGGACUGUGAUCCAGCGCAGGGAAGAUGGCUCAGUAAACUUCUUCAGAGGAUGGGACUCCUACCGUGAGGGAUUUGGCAAGAUCACUGGAGAACACUGGCUAGGGCUGAAGCAGAUUCAUGCCUUGUCCAUCCAGGGUAACUAUGAGUUGAGGAUUGACCUGGAGGACUUUGACAACAGUACAGCCUAUGCCCAGUACGAGACCUUUGGAGUGGGCCUGUUCUCUGUGGACCCAGAUGAUGAUGGAUACCCACUGACAGUUGGAGAUUACUCCGGAAACGCAGGCGAUGCUCUGCUCAAGCACAACGGGAUGAAGUUCACCACCAAAGACAAGGACAACGACCACUCAGAGAACAACUGUGCCUCCUUCUACCACGGCGCCUGGUGGUACCGUAACUGCCACACGUCCAACCUGAACGGACAGUACCUCCGCGGGCAGCACACCUCCUAUGCCGACGGCAUCGAGUGGUCCACCUGGACCGGCUGGCAGUACUCCCUCAAGUUUUCUGAGAUGAAGAUACGACCCGCGCGCGACGAGAGCAAAUGAGUAUAUGAGGCAAUAACAGAGGAAAGGAGUUGAAAGUGUUCAGAGUAAUAAAACCACACACUCAGAUACUGUUUACUGACUGACUAAAAGGAUUGACAUCUUUGAUUGAUUUACUACUAUUCUCUACUGUUUCCUGUGGAGCCCUUGUCCCUCUCCACCACCUCCCAGCCCCACCCAACUUCAUGUGCCCCAUCCCUACCCUUAGUCCCCUAUCGCCUACUAGUUUUGUGCUGAGGCUUUUUGUGCCCCCCUCCCCCCACACACUUCCUUCCCAACAACCUCAUGACCUCACUGGAUCAGGAAAUGAGUCUGAUUCACUCUGUUCCUCACUCUAUCUAUUAGUGCUUCAUUUAUAUCUAGUUAUUAGUCAAGUAUCUGUCUAUUCCUUCUGAGCCUUGAUCUUGUCCUUGACCUGUCUCCUGUGUUUGUUGUGCCCUGUAACCAGUAGUCCUAUUCCCACAGUCCUUUGCUGCGUUGCUGCCAGUCAGCGAAGCGUGGCGUUACCGUGUGACCUUAGAACAAGUGACUGAUUCAUGAUAUGUCAGAAACGGAGAUGUGACAUUACAGUUGGAACACACACACACACACACACACACACACACACACACACCCUGUCCCCUGAAGCUACAAUAUGACCACAGCAAAACUCUGUCACCUAAAGUGACUCGGCUGCAUUGGCCUCCCAGCCAGAAUGGCCCAACCCACAAUACUGCUUACGUGUCCCUUUAUUUCAGAUAGAUUCGGUAGGAGACACAACACAAUGGAACAGCUGCACCGGUGUAGAGAGGGAACGGUUUAAAUAAAAGGAGACAGAAGAUUGAAAGAGAGGGGGAGAGAAAGGGAGAGAGAGAGAGAGAACAGAUCAAACCGAGGGGUCGAAGGGAAUGACUGAAUGAAAAGGAGACUAAGAAAAUGGGAAUAUACAGAGAAAAAGAAAAAUGGAGGAGUGGUUAUGGAGGGCUGAGGAAGAAGGGAUGUGUAAACAAGAGGGAACCGAUCUCAAUCAUCUGACUGAGGCUAUUGGGGAGCAUAUUGGGCACUUAGUCUGAUCACCAACCAAAUUACUACUUCUACAGUGCCCCAGAUGGUAACGCUGCAGUGUGUGUUAGUUUCUGCGUGCAUGCAUGCAAGUGUGCUUGUCCUCUAAUCACUCUCCCAAUCGCCCUAAGAGUCCAUUUCAGUGAUCCAUUUGAGCUCCCAGUCAGUCAGACAAACAUCCUAUGUAAAAAUUAUAUGAUGAAGGUUAUCAAGUUCCCAUUGGUAGUGGGUGAAUGUAGGAGGCAGCAGAAUGGAAAAUAGGAUAGGGAAGAGAGUGGGGUGAAGUGACAAGGUGCCCCUGGUGGCCUACCACAGAAAGAACGAGAGGAAGAAAUGUUAUUUGACUGCUACCUUCCAGAGCCAGGAGUGUCAUGACAGAGAGGGUAGUCUGUUAUUCAUCUGUUCAUUUAGGAAGUAGAGCAUGUUUUAACCUUUGCCACCACGACCACAAGGUUAAAUAGUCCCCUACUCCCCUGAGCAUUUAAAUUCUACUCCUGUGCUUUCUCAAUCAGCUGUAUAGUUGAUAGAAGCUGCUUCACACAUGGACACACACACAUACAAACACACACACACAAACACAAACACACACACUGACACACUGACACACAAACACACACUGACACACACAAACACUGACACACACACCCACACACUCUGAUAACAUAACGUAGCUACAUACACAUUCUGUUUUCAUCUCAUCCUUUAUGUUCAAUUUCAUCCAAAUCUCUUUUAUCCACCUCCCCUCUCAUCUCCUCUCCCUCCCCUCCACUACCCUCUCUACUCCAUCUCCCCUCUCUCCUCCUCUCCAUCUCCCCGCUCUCCUCUUCUCCCCUCCUCUCCUUCUCUACUACUCUCCCUCUCUCCUCCUCUCCAUCUACCCGCUCUCCUCCUCUCUCCUUCUCUACUACUCUCCCUCUCUCCUCCUCUCCAUCUCCCGCUCUCCUCCUCUCCCUCCUCUCCUUCUCUACUACUCUCCCUCUCUCCUCCUCUCCAUCUCCCCUCCUCUCCUUCUCUCCCCUCCUCUCCUUCUCCCCUCCUCUCCCUCUCUCCUCUUCUCCAUCUCUCCUCCUCUCCCCUCCUCUCCUUCUCCCCUCCCUCUCUCCUCAUCUCCCCCUCUCCCCAUUUCCCCGUCUCCUGUAAUAUUUUCUGUUCUGUAAUCUACCCAUGUCUAGCUGGAUGUCUAGGUUUUCUGCUAGGGUGACCCAGGAUCUUUUCUUCUGGUUCUAGCAGAGUAACUGUUGCUGUAAAAUACAGUUUGCCACUAUCGACCGAUCCCGCAACCAUGAUUUUCUUUCUGAAUAGGAGCUCAAACACUUGUCGGAAAUGACGACAACAAAAUAAUAUGUUUGUCUGUAAAGUAUUACAAAAAAGAAAAAAAGCACAAUAUCAGAAGUUUUGCUAACAAUGAAAUUGUGGAAUUCUGAAUAUUUUUUCCAUUUGUUGUAUUUAUUCUGAUAUGUUGUUUUCAUUCUGAUUCUUUAUAUGUACUGAAAGCUUUAAAGAUAUGUGUAGAUUUAUUGUACAGUGUGUAUGGCCUUUAGAGCAUGUCCAACUUUUUUUUAAUACUAUGCCAAAAGACAAAAGAGAACUCAAGCACACAGACAUUACAAAUUACAAGUCAAAAGAAGAAAAAAAUACAAAACCAGAGCCCUUAUUUCUCCUCUUUUAUCGGACUGGGCACAAGGGAAGGCGUGGCCAGCUAUAGUUUUGGGGGAGGAGCAAGUGAGAAAGAGGAGGGGUUUAGUAAGCACAUGAGGGCAUGCCCACUAUAAAAAAAACAGCACAAAUUAAUCUAAACUGAAGCGAUGUCAAUGGCACAUCUGGGGGACAUUGUGGCUCUGAUUGGCCUGUUGGACAUUGUGGGGACGUCUUUGAUCUGGUCAGAUAUUUUGGCUCCACUUGACAUACUGGCUCUAUAGGACACACCAACUCUGGAGGACAUUUUGAUCUGCCCCUGCUGCCAGUGGGCCAACAUGCAUAGUGAUGAGAAUUGCUCCUCAGACACUGGAUGGGCUAUGUGUUUUAUCCUGGUUCUUUUUCCAGUACAGGACAGAGUGUGUGUCUGGACUGCAGCACCCACACAGCUCCAGCUCCAUGCAGCAAACUAUCCACAGAAACUUGCUCAGUCUCAGUCAGCCAUAGAGGCUGAGUUAGUGAGUCUCAGUUCACCAGGAGUCCUGCGUUGGUAACACAGAGCAGAGUCAGAGUCCAUCCACUUCUACAGUCAGCGAGUCUGACUCUUCUACCACUACUCAGUUCUGAAGCCAAACAUCAAAGAACCAACCGUCUAAUCCUAUUAUCAAUGCGUUAUUAACACUAACCACGUUACCAUGGAAACAGAAUUACAUGGGAGAGUUUGAUGACAACAAUUUGUGUUGGGGUAGAAGAUAAGAGAUGAUGAUUUCAUAGGGUUUCACAGAAGAGAUGAUUUCAAAGGGUGGUGUGCAAGUUAAAAUGGAUAAAUGUGUAAAGUUGAAUGAGAUACUGGAAUGAGUCAGACUGAUGUCUUGAUGUGACUGACUGACCAGGAGGACAUUCAUUUCUCUUUCUGUGUGUGAGAGUGUGUAGGUUUGUGUGUAUGUGUGUGCGAUGUGCUUGUGCGAUGUGUGUGUGCGUGUCUGUGUGAGCGAGAGAAAGGAACGGUAGGAAUUCAUCAAAGUAAAUGUGAUGCUUAUGUACAACUUGCCUCCCUGCUAUUUGUGUUGAUAACAGAGAGAUAUAAAUGAACCAUUAAUUCAUGUGAUACCUGAUUCCAUAGAGGCUCAAGCCCUUCUGGUCAUGUGUUGAACUGGACUUCUCAUUUUAUCCCCGACUCCCCUUCUAAUGUAAAACCUUCAGCGUCAAAUAGUGCACGUUAUACGUUUUAUCAACGUAUUGUACACCCCACACCAACCCCCACUCUCUGAGUAGUUUAGAAACCCCACAGUCUUUGUUCCAAAGCCCCCACCCCAACCUUUACUUCUUUAAUUUCCAGUCUGCUGUUACGAGCACCAACCACCCUCCCUCCUCCCCGUUUAUAUUCUAGCAGGAUCUUGGCUCCAGCAGUCGAUGUGAUAGAGGAGUAUAAACAAAAGAGUUAUCCCUCUCAUUCCCUCUCUCCCUCUUAUUAUCAUCAGAAUCAGCAGAGUACUGAUCGAUCCGUCCGUUCUCGCACCCUCCAUCUCAGUCCUCCAUUUAUCCACUCUUCCAACACCUCCAUCUCUCCUUUCACACAACCUCCUCUGUUCCCCCUCCAUUUAACACACUCUCCAUUCCCCUAACCCCUCCAUUUCCCCACCCUCCUUCAUCUCUCCAUUUCCCCACUCCUCCAUCCUUCCAUUCCCCCAACCCAACCUCUCUCAGCUCCCCAGUAAUAUAGAUUGUUUUGCGGAAUCUUGAUACUGUGUUUUAAUGUCUUGUCAACAUUUAAUAAACAUUCACAUUUUAUAAGUGAAACAUUUC